GGAGCUAGCUUCAGCGAGUUACUCGUAGCUCUCCAUCUGGCACCAUGUCCUUCAACUGCUCCCCGAGAAACUGCUCUUCCAGGAUCAUCCCAGUGGCCCCCAUUGCCACCUCUUCUGCCCAGGAUGCCGACUGCCUGAGUGGCAUUUAUCUGCCCAGCUCCUUCCAGACUGGCUCCUGGCUCCUGGAUCACUGUCAGGAGACCUGCUGCAAGCCCACUGUUUGCCAGCCAACCUGCUACCAGCAAACGUCUUGUGUCUCCAGCCCUGUCCAGGUGACCUGCUCCCGGCAGACCACCUGCGUCUCUAAUCCCUGCUCAACUCCCUGCAGCCGGCCACUCACCUUUGUCUCCAGUGGCUGUCAGCCCGUGAGUGGCAUCUCUACUGUCUGCCAACCGGUGAGAAGAGUGUCCACUGUCUGCCAGCCAGUGGGAGGAGUCUCCACCAUCUGCCAGCCAGCUUGUGGGGUCUCCAGAACGUACCAGCAGUCCUGUGUGUCCAGCUGCCGAAGAACUUGCUAAGUGUGCAGGAGCCUGUGAGUGAAGCAAGACUCCAUGACCUGCCAGCUGUGUUUCCAGUUCUUCCAACAUGCUGCCUGUCCCUGAAUAACUCUUCAUGGCUGACCCCUAUUCUAACUGCCUGAUGGCUGGCUGCCAGCCCCGAAUAAGCUGCCUUUGGCAAUCUAAGAUUUUUUUCUGACCAGCACCAAUCUUAUUUUAAGGGUUUGACCACUGGUGGCACCUAUACCUCUGCAUGUUUCCAGGAAUUUACCACCCAUGCCCCAGUCUCUAAUGGUUUUAGCAUGUUUUGAUCUUGCUGCUUUGUCUUCUGGCUUCUGUUUCUGUGCCUCAGAAAAAGGGAACUUGUCUUGCUCCGUAUUUCUCAAUAAACCUUCAUUACUUGGCAUUGCAAA